AUGCUGCGCGACACUAACUUGACUUUCGAGACUACCAAGAUAUCGUCGCAUGAAGAGAUUCUCGCCUUUAAGGUCUCCAUCGGCAAGUCGAAGUGCAACGACAACCCGCACCACGACUCAGAGGGAUGCGAGGACUGCGCGUACCUGAAGCAGGAAGCGGAGAAGAGAGAGGAACAAGAGCGCCUCGAGAAGGAGGCCAAGAAGGAGACGGAGGCAGCCGAAGAGGCUGCUAAGAAGAAGAGGGAGGAGGAGGAGGAAGCCUGCCGCGGCGAUCCGUGCAGUAACCCACGCCACUACUUGAGUGGCGACACGGUGCACUGCAUCACUGAUGCAGAGAAGGUGAUGCGUUCGAAGGAGCUAUACGACUAG